UAUAGCAACAGCCAAUGAGUUUCAAUCUGAAAUUUCCUAGAAACAAUAAGUGGCAGAUUCAGUCAUGGCGAAAGACGACUACUAUGCAGUUAUCUAACCACAGGUCACCACCAAGCUGCGAGGCGCGAGCGGCGAGCCUGCGAAAUGUUUGUGGGGCUGGGAAUUUAAGACUCUCAGAAAGCCCGUUUCGAGUUUUCUCCUCCCGCCCAAGAAAUCCCCAAGUUUCUGACUGUUGAGUCUGUCGGCAUCUACAACUCUGCUCUCUCUCACCUCUGCGAGUCUGCACUCUGCAGUGCUUGUCCUUGCCAUCGCCCAAUGCCCAUUGCAGUAGGCGGGCGCUGCAGUGUACUGGCACCGCCAACAGUGACUGUCGUCGCCGUUUCUUCCUGUUGCACUGACCGCCGGCUCUCAACUGUAUAUCAGAAGACUUUGUAGUGGUGCACUUUCUCUGGCGAGAGGCUGCCAGCGACUGGAACCCUCGGCGGAGUUAUUACGGAUGUGCACUCUCAAAAGUUCCGUCGAGAUUUUGGAGUGGAGAAGAAAGUAAAGUUGCGCCAAGCAAACUAUAAGUUCAAGAAACAGUCCCGACGGUUGGGGCGGCACUGAAGGAUGCAGUGUUUAGCAUAACAUGAUCCAACUGCAGAUUUCCUGAUAGACGGCAUUUGCUCAUGCAGGAUUUAAAAGAUCAGCUACUUCUCAUCCAUCCAACAUAACACAUUUCUUUGGCCUUUCCUGUGAGAACUGAGACGUUGAGAUGAAGAUUGCAGUUGAGGGUUGCAUGCAUGGAGAACUUGAUAAUGUCUACUCUACUCUCAAAUACUUGGAAGAAGUGGAGAACACAAAGGUUGACCUGCUUAUAUGUUGUGGUGAUUUUCAGGCUGUUAGGAACAAAAAUGAUUUGGACUCUGUUAACGUCAAAGCAAAGUAUCGCAAUAUGAAUAGCUUUUGGAAGUACUACACUGGCCAAGUGAUAGCUCCAGUUCCAACAGUAUUUAUUGGUGGAAAUCAUGAAGCGUCCAAUUAUUUAUGGGAACUGUAUUAUGGAGGGUGGGCUGCACCUAACAUAUAUUUCUUGGGUUUUGCUGGGGUGAUCAAAUUUGGCAACAUUCGUAUUGCUGGUCUCUCUGGAAUUUACAAGGAAUACAGCUACCAUAAAGGACACUAUGAACGAGCACCUUACAAUGAAAAAGAAAUUAGGUCCAUAUAUCAUGUGCGUGAAUAUGAUGUAUACAAGCUAAUGCAAAUUGAGGAGCCUAUUGAUAUUUUCAUUUCACAUGAUUGGCCCCGUGGUAUUACAAAAUAUGGAGAUUGGGAAAAACUGAUCAGUCAAAAGCCAUUCUUUAAGGAAGAGGUUAUUGAGGGAAUGUUGGGUAGUAAGGCUGCCGCAGAACUAUUGGAUAAAUUAAGACCUCCUUUUUGGUUUUCUGGUCAUCUUCACUGUAAGUUUUCUGCUAUUAUUCAACAUGGAGAAGGAGGAACUGCCACAAAAUUUCUUGCUUUGGAUAAGUGUCUUCCUGGCCGCAAAUUUUUACAGGUUAUUGACAUUGAGUCAGAAUGUGGACCAUUUGAGCUUCUAUAUGAUGAAGAGUGGCUUGCUAUAACAAGAAAGUGCAAUUCGAUGUUCCCUUUGACUAGGCAACCAACACUUUUUAGAAACCAGCAACUUGACAGUGAAGGCCACAGGGAAUGGGUCAGGAAUCUCCUUAAGGAGAGAGAGUCAUCCAAACCGUUUGACUUUACUUCUUCUGUGCCUGCUUAUGGACAUCCUUUAUCAAGUGCCACUGAUUCUUCUGGACAUGUUCGGAAUCCACAAACUGAAGCCUUCCUGCAACUUUUGGAGCUUCCUUACCUUCUCGAUAGUUCACCAACAUGGGGAAGCAAUGACCGCACAUUUGAUGAUGAUAGCGAGUAUUCUGCUGCCGCUGAUGAUGUUGAUGAUGAGGAAGAUUUUGAGGAAAGCUGAGCGUCUUGUAAAUAAAUCGUUAAAUGUUCUGUAUGAUUCUUUGUGGACGAGUUGCAACUUUCCUUUGAAAAACAAUUUCAAACACCACUAUUUAUUAGUCAAGAGGGUUUUGCAGUUUGGCGACGAGUGAAGUAAUGGAUAGCCGAACAGGGUGCCGCACUUUUGAUAUAACCAAUCUCUUUUGAGCUUAUUUACUUAUUUGAAGUGUAGUGACCAGCUGUUUGCAGGUUAAUUCAAUUAUUUUCUGUUUAAACAGUA